AUGUCGGUCUUCACGUUUGACCCUGAUCCUCCUCGGGUCUCCUCACCGUGGCUUCGAUCAGGUAUUGACAGCAAAACGCCGUCUCCUGAUCAGUCAACAACCCGCAGCAGAGGUCCCGCAGGGUCCGGACUUCUUUCAGACUACGGCAUCACUAAGCUUGAGCCUGAACCGCAGGAUGGACCUACUGAAUAUAAGCUUCACCUCCUGCUGCGACCACGCAGGAAGUAUGAGCGACUGAGCACCACCACCAGGAUCUCCGGAUCGACCCAGUCGCGCCCCUCUCUUGACGCCAAAACUCCGAAGCCAGCUUCUAUCAGUCCUAGUCCACUGAGUGCUUCUUCCUCUCAGAUGCGUCAAGAUCGCCUUGAGCAUCUCACGACCCAGCUGCUAUGGAGAUUGCAGCAGUCGUGCCCCUAUCAUGCUGGCUCUGCUGCACCAAAACUCGUGAUACCGCAGCUCCCGGAAGAGAGCAUCUCUUUAGAAGCCCCUCUCAAACUGGGCAAGUUGCUUCCCGGCUUAGAGGCAUCAAGAGGCGCGCUUUAUGAGAUUGGAGUGGCUGACGAUGGCACUCUGGUCGGCCUGACUAAGGAUGAGAUGGACGAAAGUCUAACUACCCUCCGUAUUAUGGCUGCCAGCCUUGGUUGUAACGUUGAGGUCUUACGCAUGCUUGUUGUGGGUGAUUGCGAGUGGAUCGAGCCGAGCAAUCCAAAUGAGAGUUCUCCGGAAUCGACAUCUAAAGGUGUCAUUCACAAAGCCAAACUCUGGGUAGCUGAGGCUCUGGUAACUCCCGACCUGCGACCCAGGGACGAACACCAGGCAGCGCUGAUCUCUGCAAGAUCAUCGGAAACAGCCCGGACGACUGAGACCUUUCUGGACCCAAAACAGGAGCCGCUUACGACCAAUCAACUCCGUAUUACCCUGACGGGCCCGACAACAUCCGGCAAGUCAACACUCCUGGGCGUGCUAUCAACGGGAACACUCGACAAUGGUCGUGGAAAGAGUCGGCUUGGUCUACUUAAGCACCUUCACGAAGUUGCAUCGGGUGUUACCUCGUCAGUUACGCAGGAAUUAGUUGGAUACACCGAUACUGAAGUUAUCAACUACGCCCAUAGCGCAGUCGAAUCAUGGAUUGACAUCCAUGACUUCACGAAGGACGGCCGGUUGGUCUACUUGGUGGAUUCCGCUGGCCAUCCGCGGUACCGACGGACCAUCCUUCGCGGCAUCGUUGGAUGGGCGCCUCACUGGACGUUGCUGUGCGUCGCUGCCGACAAUUCUGAGUUAACUUCAACUGUUAGGGGUGGUUCACAUCUACCAGAAGCAGCGCCUGGAGUCGAUCUAGCAUCUGCCCACCUGGAUCUCUGUCUUCGCCUUCGACUUCCUCUGGUUAUUGUCAUCACAAAGCUGGACCUAGCAACCAAAACCAGUUUAUCCUUUGUCUUGAGCAGGAUAUUGUCUGACGUCAAGAAGUUUGGUCGGGUUCCAAAGGUCGUUAAAGGGAGCCAAACAAGUUUUCCUGACCUUGGCCGGGUAUCCCAGUACGAUAUCCAUGCAGCCAAGGAGGCUUUAGCCUGCAUUGAUACAGCUGGUGAUCUCACCUCGAUCGUUCCAAUUGUCCUCACUAGUGCGGUUGAUGGCCGUGGACUCGGCUCUCUUCACGCUCUUCUCCAGCACCUCCCCCUACCUCCAACUCCUACCUCACGUGACUACAUCGGAACGGCACUCAACCCAGAGCAACCGGCCAGCCUUUUCCACAUUGAAGACAAGUUCAGCCUUCCUGCGUCGUCUGCGUUGGCCACUCUGAACUCCGACAAAGCUACGGACAUUGGUACCGUUGUCGCUGGCUAUCUCCGGUUCGGGACGCUAUCAAUUGGGGAUAAGGUUGUUGUUGGACCGUUCCCCUCAAAUGAAGACCAUCUCCAUGGGGAAUCAGCCCUGCCGGAUGAUCGACAUGGUAGCAGCAGCUACCUUUCGGCUUUGCACCCUUCUUCGUCUGCUGCCCUUGCCCGAGCCUCCACCUCACGCAACACCCUCGCCGCGUCCGCUGCUAACAGCGAGUGGUACACUGCUUCCAUUGUCAGCAUCCGCAAUCUUCGUUUGCCAGUGCAAACGCUGACAGCAGGCCAAGUAGGAUCAAUUGGCAUCGUGUUUGACCCACACCCACAAAUAACUGCUCGGUCUGCUGCUACCCUCUCUUCUAUCAAGCAGCACUCAUCUCGCACUGUUGGUGGUAGCACUCCGAGAUUGCGUAAAGGCAUGGUCUUGGCCAUACCCAGUCGACAUAUGGUGUCGUCUGGGCUCACUUUACAGGCUGCAAGUGGCCUUAUAGCUGUGUUCGAUGAAGAUAAUCGGGAUGCGUGCCACUUAACGGUGGGUGGGCUCGUGAAUAUAUAUGUGGCAAGCGUCAGAGCAACGGCAAGGGUAUUGCGUGUAUCGAAGGUCAGUUCUCAUGCUCAUAGCGAGGCCAUGAACGAUGGAGAGAGUGGCGGUGAUAUUGGCGGUUCGAGAUUUUUUGGGAUAGAGGAGGCUCAUGAGAAAGAACAUGCCACUGAUGCUUCUGGUCCCGAGACCGAUGGUGCGGUGGAGGUGCAGCUGGCGUUGAUGUCGAACAGGGAAUGGAUCGAACUGGGAUCGAAGAUCUUAGUUCUGGAAGAGAGGAAGAGAGAUAAGUCUGGUUUGGAGGGUUAUGUAGGGAAGGUGAUUGAGAUUGUUGAAUAA